CCUAUUUCGUUUUCGAAGGUUAUAUUUGACAAGCGAAAAAAAUGUUUAUGGAUAUAUUGCUAAAAUAAUCACUUAAACAAGUCAUUAAUUGUGGUUAUACGAAAUUCGACUGUAACACCAAAGAGGAUCCCAGUAAUUAAAUAAUUGCGAGUAGGAUGACCCUUCGCAUUAUCAGUUAUUAGUUUUUAUUAAUAUUAUAUAAUAUACGUAAGUAUUAAUACAAUACUAAGAUGAAUACGAAGGCCAUUUAUGCCAUUGGAACCACUUUGGUGGGAUGUGGCUUAAACAACGUGUUCCUAGAGUAUAUAAUUAAGCAAGACCCAGGGUGUGGUCACCUUAUUACUUUUGCUCAGUUCUUAUUUAUUGCAAUCCAUGGCUUUAUCAUGACAUCGAAAUUUGGUACUGUCAAACCAAAGAUUCCAUUUCAGACUUACCUAAUAUUAGUAGUAUUAUUCUUCCUCACCAGUGUGAUUAACAACUGGGCUUUUGAUUUCAACAUUCCUGUGCCAUUACAUAUGAUAUUCAGAUCUGGGUCACUUAUUGCAAAUAUGAUCAUGGGGAUUCUUAUUUUGAAAAAGAAAUAUACUUUGGAGAAAUACAUAUCGGUAGCUAUGAUAACCCUAGGGAUAAUCAUUUGUACCUUGAUGUCCAGCGGUGGAGACAAGAAGAAGUGCACUGACUGUGAUGCUCCAAUUGAGCAAAAACAAGCCGAUGAUCAUUUUUUCUGGUGGAUUAUUGGCAUAGCUUUACUGACUACGGCACUUUUGCUGUCCGCCCGCAUGGGAAUUUAUCAAGAAUCAAUCUAUAAACACCAUGGGAAGCAUCCACAGGAAGCUCUAUAUUACACUCACUUAUACUCCAUCCCAGGAUUCAUUUUUUACUCCUCAAGUAUUUGGGAACACAUGCAAAUUGCCUCUGCGUCUGAACCUUAUCAAAUUCCCUUUGUUGAUUUUAUUAUACCGACUCUAUGGUUGUGGAUUUUCUUAAAUGUCACUACGCAGUAUUUGUGCAUAAGUUCCGUCUAUGUUUUAACCACUGAGUGUACUUCAUUGACAGUGACCUUGGUCAUUACUCUGCGAAAAUUCCUAUCUUUAAUUUUCUCAAUAGUCUACUUCCAAAAUCCGUUUACCAUUUACCAUUGGUUUGGUUCAGGUUUGGUGUUCUUUGGAACGCUGCUAUUUGCAGAAGUAUUCACCAGAAUGGGACAAUCCAAAGAAGUAAAAGCAGUCCAGAAGAGUAUGAAAAAACGCAAUUGAUGUUGUUUGGUGUUCUAGUUUGUUUUGUUUUCUAGUUGAAUUUUUCAGUUUAAUAAAAGUAUUAAAUAGUU